AAAUUCAAACUGCAUAAAUUUUCGGUAUCUAGAUUUGAAUAUAGACUGAUAGAUUUAAUUGUCAGCAUAAACGUAGUAAUUGUUCAUAUUUUCAAAUGUAAAAUUCGGAUCUAUAGUGCUCCUUUGAGAUAUGGUCUGUAGCUUGUAUCCGCUGCGAAGGAAACGAUAAUAGUUUCAUGGUUAAAAUGGGGAGAAAAAUAACAAUAGCGACAUGUACACUCAAUCAGUGGUCAAUGGACUUCGAGGGAAAUUUAUCAAGAAUAUUACAAAGUGUUCAAGAAGCUAAAAGUAAAGGUGCUACCUACAGGCUUGGACCGGAACUGGAGAUCUGUGGGUAUGGUUGUGCUGACCAUUUCCAUGAAAGUGACACAUUCUUACAUUCUUGGCAGGUUCUUGCAGAGCUUUUGGUUGCCCCAGAUUGUCAGAAUAUCAUCUGUGAUGUAGGCAUGCCAGUAAUGCACAAGAAUGUAGCGUACAACUGCAGAAUAAUGUUCCUCAACAAGAAGAUUUUGUUAAUACGUCCAAAGAUGAUGUUGUGUAAUGAUUACAACUAUCGUGAAACUCGCUGGUUCACAGCUUGGCGUAAAGAACGAGAGACGGAAGAUUUCUGUCUUCCUAGGAUGAUACAAGACAUAACAGAACAGAUUAAGGUUCCUAUUGGAGACGCUGUUACAUCUACCUUGGAUACAUGUAUUGGUAGUGAGAUAUGUGAAGAACUAAAGAACUGUGAAAGUCGUCAUGUGAAAAUGGCUCUAGAUGGUGUAGAAAUUAUCACUAACAGUUGCGCAAGCCACCAUGAACUGAGGAAGGCUUACGUCAGAGUGGAUCUCAUUAAGUUAGCAACCAUGAAGUGUGGCGGGGUAUAUGUGUUUGCCAACCUGAUGGGAUGUGAUGGUGAGAGGGUGUUCUAUGAUGGAUGUUCCAUGAUUUCUGUCAAUGGUGAGAUAGUCUCGCAAGGACCUCAGUUCACUCUUCAAGAUGUUACAGUGAAUGUAGCCACUGUUGAUUUAGAAGAUGCUAGAGCAUACAGGAAUUCCAUGAGAAGCUUCUGUGACAGGAAUGCGGCAGCUCCUUCAUUUCCGCGGGUACACGUAGACUUCUGUUUGUCCAGCGAUGAUUACUUCCUGCCCACUACCCAGCCAUUUGACUGGCAGUAUCAUUCUGCAGAGGAGGAAAUUAGCCUUGGUCCAGCUAUAUGGUUAUGGGACUAUGUACGCCGUAGUGGACAAGGCGGAUUCUUCCUCCCUCUCAGCGGAGGAAUCGACAGUUCUAGUACAGCAUGUAUUGUAGCUUCAAUGUGUCGACUGGUGUGUGCUGAGGUUCAGAAAGGAGAUACACAUGUGCUGUCAGAUGUUAGACGCAUAGUGUCCGACCAGAACUAUUUCCCGACAGAUCCCCAGGAGUUAGCAGGUAGGGUGUUAACCACAUGUUAUAUGGGUACCGAGAACUCGACGGAGGAUACCAAGUCUAGGGCAGCUGAACUAGCUAAACAAAUUGGCAGUUUCCACCUGUCAGUGACAAUAGACGUGGCAGUAGCAGCUGUUAUUGGUGUAUUCACAGCUACUCUCAAACUUGUACCCAAGUUCAAAGCCCACGGUGGAGGAUUGAGAGAGAAUCUAGCUCUACAGAAUGUACAGGCUCGUGUAAGAAUGAUUGUGGCGUAUUUGUUUGCCCAGCUGAGCCUUUGGGCCCGGGGUCGACCAGGGGGGCUGCUUGUGCUGGGAUCAGCUAAUGCUGAUGAAGGGUUACGUGGAAACAUGACAAAAUACGAUUGUUCUAGUGCAGACAUUAACCUUAUAGGUGGCAUCAGUAAAACAGAUAUACGCAGGUUCAUAAAGUUCUGUACCAGUAAAUUCAACUUUUCUGCUUUAGAAAGAAUAUAUAAUGCUCCACCAACAGCUGAGUUAGAACCAUUGGCAGAUGGAAAAUUAGCACAAACUGAUGAGAAAGAUUUGGGAAUGACCUAUGAGGAAUUAUCUAUCUACGGUAGACUAAGGAAGCAGCAGGGAUGUGGACCAUACAGUAUGUUCUGUAAACUGGUCCACAUGUGGAACUGGCUAACACCUGAACAGGUUGCAGACAAAGUAAAGCACUUCUUCAGAAGUUAUUCUAUAAAUAGACACAAGAUGACCACCUUGACCCCAAGUUACCAUGCAGAUACUAACAGCUCUGACGACAAUCGUAAUGAUCACAGACAGUUUCUGUAUAAUGUAUCAUGGCCGUGGCAGUUUACUUGUAUAGAUACACAGGUAAAAAGAUUGAUGAAUUACGUACCUAGCAGCCAAGGGCAAGCCAGUAACCAUUCAGGUAAAUUCCUGAAAGGAACCAGACAAAAUAAUAUGGCAACAUGAAGUGGAAAUUUAAUAGUAACCAGUCCAGCUUCACAUCAGGCAUAUAGUGUGAUAGUGUGAUUGUUCAAGAGUCAGAGUGAAGGUCAUUUGAAUACCGGUAACCAGUAUGAGAACCAGUCCUGUCAAAAUUUUCCUGAGUGCAAUUGAGAUAUUACAUGCAAAAAUGUUGAUGAGAAACAAAAAGAGGUUUUGCUAACAGCUAAUCCUCUUUUUAGAAAUGCCUGUUUGGUGUAAAAACCCGUUUUCAGUGAUGUACCGUCAAGUUGUAAAUGAUGGCCAGAUAACUUGUUUUAAAAGGCCAAGACUACAUCUUAUUGAAGUUUAACAGGAUUUUAUAAAUACGGACAUGAAAGCCAACUGUUUUGAAACUUUAUUAGCACACCUGAGCACAAAGUGCUCAUGGUGAGCUAUUAUGACCGUUCUGUGUUCGUCCUUUGUCCGUCAUUUCGUCCCUCCGCCAAGUCGUCCGUCCGUCGUCAACGCUUGUGUUUAAAAAACGACAUAUCCUCCAAAGUCACAAAAUGGAUUUUGAUGAAACGUGGCCAUGAUGUUCCUUGGUUUGUCCUCUGCCAAAGUUGUUCAAACGAUUCUGCUUGGUUGCAAAUAGGGGCCGCCAGAACUAAAAAUAAAAAAAAUCUUGAAACGACAUCUCCUCCUUAACCAUAAAUAAUUUUACACAAAUGGCCCUUGAGUCACCCCUAUCAAUAUUGUUCAAAUUAAACCGAUUUGUCAAAAAACAUAACCGCCAGAGGACGUCGUCACUUUUUACUAUAUGCAUAUAUGGAAACUUAAAAAUCUUCCUGUGUGAAACUGCUAGCCAGAUUUUGAAAUUAUGUUACACAAAUGGUCCUUGUGUGACCUUCUGCAAAUGUUGUUCAAAUUUUUCUGAUUCGUAAAAAAACAUGGUCACCAGAGGGCGAGGUCACUUUUCAUCAACAAUUUAUUUAAACAAUAUCUCCUCAUAAACCACUGAAUGGAAUUUGAAGAAACUUAUUUACACAAAUGAUCUCUGGGUAGCCCUCUUUCAAACGUUCAAUGGUUCCGGUUAAUUCCACAAACAUGUCUUUUUAGUUUUAGAAAAGGUUUUCAGCUAUCAUACUUUAAAAAUCCUUUUCUCUACAGCUUUGAUAUUUGGCAUGUGAUAUAAGGGUUUAACUGUCUACCAUACUUGUCCAAAUUAUUGCCCUAAGGUGAAAAAAUGGCCACGCUCCUGUGCCUGAAUUGUACAUAAUAUAGACUUUUAUAUAAGAAACAUUGAAAAUCAGUAUUAGCUACAACCUUGAUACUUGGCAUGUGAUAUCUGAUUUGCAAUUUCUACCGUAAUUAUUCAAAUUAUUGCUCUUGGUUAAAAAAUAUGUGUGACAUGUAUAUAACAUAGAAGAAACCUAACUCUGUACAUAUACAAGCACACUUGAAUCCUUGUAGACAGGUGAGCGCUUUAGGGUCAAUGGCCCUCAUGUUUUGAAUUUUUAACCAGAAUACUCAAAAUUCAUUUUUCUAACUUUUAAUUAAAUUCUAUAAGAAAAUAGAUUCGUUACAUUUGAUAAUUGAUGGUUUGUUAAUUGCUGUUUAUUUUAUUGAUCAUAUAUGUACUAUACCUGCUGCAUCUUUUCCGAUGUAAAUGCUUACCGGUAGCUUUAUGGUUUGUUAGUUUCACUGUAUGUACACAUGAUGCCAAAAUAUACACUGUAUACCUGUAAAAAGCAUAUAAAAUAUGUUUCCUUAUCUAAUAAGCGUAUUUGUAUACUCCGGUGAUCAGACACCUUUACCCUUGGUGCUUUUUUUCUUUUUUCCGUAGAAAAGCCUAUCUGUUGUCAACUGGACAAGUAUAUAUUAGUUGUCUUAAUCUAAAUCUCUAAAUAUUUUACUGAACAUAUAUAUAUAUAUAUAUAUUACAACAUGCUUAAAGCACAUUAAUAUGUUUUUCCUCUUUAGCUGCCUUAUCAUUGUUAAGAUCUGUUAUGUUAUCUUGUAAUUUUUGUAUCCAACGUUAAAUAAAGCUUCUUGUA